AUGAGUGGACGAAGUCUCAAAGCCAAGAGGAGAUCGUUGACGCAAGACCAAGAUAUUCAAGAUCUCCAACGAGCAGUAGACGAGUAUGUCGCGAAGAACCCAACGCAUCGCUGCUCCGUUGAAAUCAAGCUCGAAGGCCGCAUCAUAAAGCGAAUAAAUUCGGAAGGAAAGAGAUUUAAGGGCACCCUGAAGGAACAGGCGGCGAAGAAAAAUCAACCAGACAUGCGGACAGUGCUCAAACAAGUGCAAGAAAAUGGUCACAUUGUGCGGCCAAAACCAAAGAAGAGAGCAAAACGAGAGUUUGUCGAGCCCAUUGAUUACAUCACGAUAAAGAGCUCGCAAAGCCCGUCUACUGAUUCUAUGGGAAGUCAAUCGCCAGAUAUAAAACGAGAACGGGAACUCCGUGGACCGUCCCCAGGAAUCAUCGAUCUUUCGAGCGACGAAGAUCAACCGGGUUUCGAUUUUUCAGAAGGUCUCACUCAGCCUGGCGAUGAUCUUCCUUUGACCACCAUUAUCUCCGGAAACUUACCAAAAAACUCUGACAAAGAUCUUUCGGACGAAAACUCGAGCUCACAAGACAUGUUCGAUCCUGACAAACCAAGUACCUCAACUCAGAUCACCAAGAAAUUGAAUCGGUCGAAAUCGUCCAAGUCUCUUAGACGUCAAGAAUCAGUGACACGGAUCUUCGAUUCUGAUGAUUCUUCUUCCGAAGAUGAGGCGAAUACAACGAUCAAAAAUGAGCCUGAAGAAGGAUCGUAUUCUCCCCUUUCUCAAGAACUCUGUAAAAACGAAAAUGACUCAUCGGAAGAACCAGACGAACCUGAAGAAGAAGACGAUUUGGAUCGAACUCGGGCACACUCGCAGAAUCUCUUCGAAACUUCAGAUAUUUGGUCUCAUUUCAACGACGAGAAUUACCCAACGAGAUACCACUGA